AUGGGUGACAGCCAGAACUCUCGCGCCAACGACUCUGUUCGCAAGCUUCAAGACGCCUUUGGUAUGCAGAUAAAGGAUAUCCCGAAGCUGACCAGCCGGCCUCAAAAUCCGGAUGCCGUUAAGAAGGCCCAAUUAUCUAUGCAGGCAUCCCUCCUCGGUAAAACUCCUGUCUGGAGCUUCAAAGGGCCAACCGGCCUUUCCUCCACUUUCCAGAAUCCGAACCAAGACAUAUCCGGGUUCAGUCCGCUGCAAGCUUGCUCUGAAUGCGCCAAGCUUCUAUCAUUUCGCGAGUCCCAUGCCUUGAGACAAGGGUACAGCUAUGUCCCGAUGCGCGUGGCUGUCCAGGGCUACAAGAAAGCUUCCCUUAUGUUGAGGGAUAUCGAGAACCCUGAGGGGAAACCACUCUCCUUCACCAUUGCCAGACUCUCCCAGUCAGACCAUGAUCCGGCAAAGUCUCUUACUCAGGUCUGCGUGUCGGAAAAGGAGGUAGCAACGGAUCGCACUUUUGGACUCGUCAAGGGCUGGAUCCAAGAUUGCGAUACAACUCAUCAGCACUGUCAUAGGUCUCCUGGGCCUCUUCCCACACGAGUUAUUCAGCUCCAGAAAGGCGCCCCUCCAAGGCUUUAUGUCUCACAACGAGAACCCUUGCCUUAUAUAUGCUUGAGUUAUUGCUGGGGCGCGAAGCAGCCAGUUGUCACAACCACCGCCACGCUCGGCUCUCACCUCCAGGAAUUGCCAGUCGACCAACUCCCCACAACUAUCAAAGACGCCUUGCAUGUCACCGAGAGACUUGGAUUUGAGUAUUUGUGGAUCGACGCCCUCUGCAUCGUGCAGGACUCUGACGAUGACAAGGCCGUCGAGGUCAGCAAGAUGCAUGAGGUCUAUCAGAACUCCUCCCUUACUAUUUGUGCCGCAAGAGCAGAAACCUGUCUCGAGGGAUUUCUUGGCCCCCGGGAGAUGGCGUCUGUAGAUUUCACGAUACCCUUUCGACUCGACUACAAAGCGACGAUUCAAGCAUUGAACGCUACGGUCCUUCUUGUCGAACAAAAUCGAACAUUCAAGGGGAAACCCAUGGAACCUCUUCACCACCGUGCCUGGACUAUGCAAGAAACCAUUCUUUCACCGAGAAUUCUGCUAUUCUCCAAGUACCAGCUUUUCUUUGUGUGUCAGGAACAGGCUCAGCAGGAUGGAGGUAUCGAUGACUGGAACGCGUAUGCAGAGGCCUCAAGUUUUCACCGGUUAUGGGGUCCACGCGACAGCUCAACAAACCCUACGAAGCGGGCGAUAAGUGACUUUGAGCUUUAUUUUAGGCCCUUGGCUUCCCAAGACACGACAAGCUUGGAAGAACCCUCGCUGCAGACAACCUGGGAGCGCAUCAUGCAGGACUAUUCGCGACGAAGCAUCUCUGUGCCAUCUGACAAGCUUCCCGCACUUUCUAGUCUAGCGACCAUCUUUUCACAGAGAACCAACCUCGACUAUAUCGCCGGCAUGUGGAAGCAGUGGCUUCCUGGCGCCCUCCUCUGGCGAUUGUAUAAAACCGCCUCCAUCUCCAGACCUAAAGAGUGGAGAGCGCCGACCUGGUCAUGGCUCUCUGUUGAGGGGCAGGUGAAGAACUAUGAGAAUCUGUCUCAGUUAUCCUCUUCUGCUGGUAACAUUGCAGAGAUUGUGGAGUGUUACACAAUCCCAAAAACGCCCUCCGCUCCUUUCGGAGAGAUAUCGAGUGCUCAAUUAACCAUCAGCGCCUUCAAGCCUAAGAGUUUUGAGGUGGAUGAUUGGGGCGUAGGAGAACAGAAUCUGUACAAGAAGAACGAUUCUGACUACCCACUCAAGAUUGGCACCGCAUAUCUUGACCUUCCUAUGGAAGAUUCUCCGUCCGAUAGACCCUCCAGACAAGUCAUUAUGGUUGGUCGGUUGCUUCGCUUCACCGAAUGGGCUGAUAAUUGA